CACACAUCUGCUUCUGUCGGAUUGCUUCGGGAACAGUUGAUCUAUCUACUCGCCAUGUUCUCCUGGAUCAGGCUCCUCGGGGCCCUCCUCCUCCUCGCUUCGGUCGCGAAUGCCCAGUUCCAGUUCUUCGAGCAUAUGUUCGGCGGUGGUGGCGGCGGAGGCCAUCAGGGCCGACAGCAGCAGGCGCAGAAUGUCCCCAGUGAUAGUUCGCGGUAUCGGGGCCAGUGGGAUUCGGCUAUCUGCGACAAAUACCUCUGUCCCGGCACUCUCGCAUGCGUCCAUUUCCCGCACCAUUGUCCGUGUCCCCACCCCGACGUGGAGGAGAAGAUCGAGCUCGGCGAGGGGAGUGCGAUCUGUGUUUCGAAGGGAGGGUAUAAGGAGGGCGAGACGGCACGGAAGGUCGAGUUGGCGCGGAAGGGACUGUUGUGAUUGAGGCUUGAGGGGUGUUCAUACUAGUGAUGGGGGGGGGGGGG